AAACCCAAGUUGGAUGUUUGGAAGCAGCUCGUUCGUUCUGGUGCGGGUGCACGAGCGGGUCAGUAUGCGGCGUGUCUGUUACUAAGCCGGGGGUGUUGAGGCAUCCUAAGUUGGGAUAAGCUGGCUGUAAAGUAGAAGACUACACUGACAAAAAAUUAAGGUGAAGUCAUGGAGGACCUGGAUGACAUCACUUCUUCUUCUGAGUUUGAGUCUCUUUUCAUCCAGGAAGAUGUGGUGCAGGAUAAAAUCCUCAUGGAACAAAGAGUACAGGGCAACACGGCCCAACCUGGACACACCUUCACGGCAACGCGGCUUAACGACUCCUCCGUGGUUCAGCCGUACUUACAAAACAUGAAUGACUUACUGAAGAGCUGUGAGGAGACGAUUGGUGUUCCAUUUGGCUCUCGUUUUUCAGCAAGUUUCACAGAUACAAGACCGACUAAACCCACGCAUGAUCAGAGUGAAAAUGAAGGUAGUACGGACAGAUCUGGAGAAACAUCUUCUCAAACAUAUCCUCCUACAAACUACAUUGACACACAUGUGGAUCGAUAUGAGCCAGAGCGCCCGCCGGCCCAACCUCACUCACGGGGCACAGGAUCUGCCAUCACGUGUGGAUUGACGCUGGGUAUAUCUGACCAAACACAAAUGCCGCUCACAGCUGCAGGCACCAAACUAAGUGCCACCAUGAUGGAUUACGAGGACCAGCUGUUGGGGAUGCUGGCAAUGCUGGAGAGCUGUAUGGAAGACACCAGCAUGGACUUCGAGCCACGUGGCUGGGCUACAGAUGUGUCCCAAGAGUAUGUACACAUUAGUAAGAAUCUCAGUCUUCAAAAGUGUCCAACGCCCACACCAGGGCAACUGACAAGGUCCGAGAAAGAGCCAGUGCCAUGUGAUGCCUGGGUUGCUGAUUGUUUGGAAGGAGAAAACAUCUGUGAGGAACGCAAACGUGGACCAGCAGCAGCAGCAAUCGGAAGUAUGGAAAGUAUUUUUCAUAGCAGCGACAACAGAGUUUUCCCUGUGGAAAGUUUGGGAAUUGAGCGAGAGGUGAACUACAAAACUAGUCCGAGUGUUAUUAAGUCUCACGUCAGCUCAUCCGGGCAGUCAAUGCCACUAGAGGACACAGAAGAUGAACAGAAGCACUGUGACGAGACAACUACAGAAUACAUGACGACUAGCAAAGGCACAGCUGAUACUGAAAUGGAUCACACUGCUGAAGAGACAGAAACAAAGUCAGAAGGUCCCGAUACAAGAUCUAGCAUAAGCGAGCUAGAGGCACUGGGUUCUCAGCUGGAGGAGUGCAUAGAGGAGAUACAACGUUUGGAGAAGAAGAGGACAGAACUGCUAACAGAGGUGCUGAAGCUCAGAGGGCAGGAAAACCAAGAGGAAGCAGACAAGAGCAACGAGGAGGAGACCGAGACGAAAGUAGCAGAGCUGAUGGAAGUACUGAAGAGGGAGGCGGAAGGGAGAAGUCAGGAGAGGCAACGGGAGAUUCAGAGUCUGAGGGAAGAGAGAGUAGUGGAGGAGAAGAGGAUGUGGCAGGUUAAUCUGGAGCGGCAGGCGCUGCAGGAGGAGAUCAGGAGGCUGAAGAGGCGGUUGUUCACUACAGCUCGAGACUGUGCACACAGCCAGGCGUCCCUGAAUGCCCAGAAACAUCAGAUGGACCUGCUCAAGAGAGAUGAGGAGAGUUUGCAGUCCCUGGUUACCCAGUUGACUGAAGAGAACUCCCAACUCAGAUCAGCCCAACAGCAGCAGCUUUCAGGCCUGAAGGCGGCGCUUCAAGCCCAGAGAUUCAGCCAGAGCUUCAGCAAGACCAGCAACUCUCAGGAGGAGCUGACAGAGUGCAGGAGACACUCCUGUGGGGACAUCCAGCAGUACCUGCAGGGUGGCCUCAAAGCGCUAGAGGACAGGUAUGAACCUAUCCUACUGGCGUUACUGAAGAGAAGAGAGUCGACAGCUGGAGCGCUGCCUAAAGCCAACGAGCAGGCCCAGGAGCUGAGGGCCAAGUUGGGGCCUUUAAGGGACGAGAGUCAAAAGCUGAAGCUACAGAGGUCGUGUUUGGAAGAGAAGCUCAAAUUAAUUCUCAUACAGAGGAGAGAGAACGUGGAACGGUACAAGGAAACAGUGUACGGUCUUGAGGAGAACAGUCGAGAGCUUAAGACGGAAUUAAAGAUUCUGAUGAGAAAGAUCAGAGAGAUGGAAGAGUUGAAAGACAGCCUCGCCAAACAACUCCCCAUUUUCCGGGCUACCUUUGGGGGCCGUAACAUGCUCGACAACAAGGACAAGACAUGACGAGACGGUGCUUUCAUUUCACGAGAUAUUGAUAUUAGAUUUCAUGAAAAGAUCUGAGUGAAUGAACGCACUUUACACAAAGACACAU